GAAAAAGCAAUCAAGACUGCGGCUCUCUCUUUCUCAGCGGCGGCGGCGUUCUGUGACGUCAGAGGCAGCGACGUCCUUCGCUGGCAGACGCACGCACACACACACACACACUCACACGCACGCACGCUCACUGACAGACACAAUACCAUACUUAGAGAAACUCCCACCAAGAGAACCCUCCCCCUCAACAACAACAACAACAAGAACAACAGCUUCGCCAACAGCAGCAUCAAAUUAAAGAGAGAGCAUUUAUAUUCCUUUGUGGCAACGCGAGUGUACAUGUGUGUGUGUUUCGAGGCUGCCGCACCACUACAAUUGCAACUGCAACUACAACUACAACUACAACUACAACUACAACGGCACUAGCAAUAGCGACACCAACAACAACUAAGCACAACACAACCAUAUAGCAACAAAAAUGGAACAGCCGAGCAUUCUCGUCAAAAUCCUGCACUCGAUUCCGCACGUGAAUUACACAUUCCGUCGGGUUAACGACACCUUCAAUCCGGACAGCGAUGUUUACCUCGAGAGCCUGGUCAUCCUGGCAUCCAUUCCCGCCGGCCUGCUUAUCGGCUCUCUGUUCGGCCUGCUGCUCUACCUGUUGACCAGAUGCUGCGACCGCCGCCAGAGGAAGCCGAGCGCCCAGCGCUGCCAGAGCUGCUCCUUGGUCAUCAUCACGCUGAUGACCUGCGCUGCCAUCGGAUUAGGCUUGUACGGCAACGAUGAUUUCCAUAAUGGACUCCUUCAGGCCUUUGGAUCCGGGAAGAGCGUUGAGGGUCUGGUGUUCACCCUGAAACGACAGACGGAGAGCAUCAAGCACGACCUGGAGACGCGAAUGGCGGGGCACAAGGUGGAGCAGCUGGUGGAGAAGCCGCAGUAUAACCAGACGGUGGUGAUGCUGCUCAUAGAGACGUCGCGCCUGGUCACGGAGAAUACCUCGCGGGCGGUGGCCUCGCUGGACAGCAUGGUGCACUACUUCAUGAAGGCCAAGGGCAGCGAGAACGACACCUCGCUGAUGGGAUUGCUGCAGCUCGGUGAGUUCUACGAAUCCAUACGCUGGCCCGCCACUCUGGCCUUUCUCACUGUGCUCCUGCUGCUCUGUACGGUUCUGGUGAUUGGCGUGGCCCGGCGAUCCCGCUGCACCCUGAUCUUCUUCAGCGUCUCGGGUCUGUUCUGCAUCAUCAUCUGCUGGCUGCUAGCAGGCGUUUAUCUGGCCGCCAGUGUGGCUGCCGGAGAUUUCUGUAUGCGACCCCAUGACUAUAUGUGCCGUCAGGUGGGCAUGCGGAGUCCCUAUGUUGACUUUCUUAACUGCGGCACACCGCGCAAUCGCUUUAUCCUGCGGCUGAACGAAUCCCGGGAUCUGGUGGACCGGGCCAGGGAAAGUGUGGAGCAAAUGCAGCGCAUGAGCCAGGAAACAUAUCCACACAUCGACAUCCAGCGCACGCUGAACGCCAUGGACAACGAUCUGGAGACCACCCUGCGCAACCUGACGACGCUGUCGGCCACUUUGGACCGCCGCGCGAUCGACUUGCACUACGAGGACGCACUCCGCGGACUCUGCGGCGGCGGGCUACUGGGACUCAGUCUGAUGAUGGUGGCUGGUCUGCUGACCUCCUUCCUGCUGACGAUCCUAGUGUACGCCGACUCUCACGCCUGGAUCUAUCUGACCAAGCGGCCAACGCUGGAUGCGGACAAAUCGGAGACAGCGCCACUAUUUCCCGCCUCGAACGCGCCGAGCGCCAGCAUCUCGCCCACAGCUCCGCUGGGAACGGGAACGAUCAACAGGACGCUGCUCCACCACCAGCAGGCGUCGUCGGGCGGCAUGGGCGGCGGUUCGGGUGCCAUGCCGGGAUCUGGAGGCGGCGCAGGGCCUGGAGUAGGCGUCGGCGUCAAUGGACACAAUGGCGUGGGGCCGUAUCGCAACGGAUCGGCGGGCAUGAGACAAGGGUUGGCAUCACCUUCAUCUCAAUCAAGCCACACCUCAUCCACCGCUACUUACAACCACCACAACAACGGCACCACCAGUUACCACAACAGCCACCAACAACACAACAACCACCUGUACAGCAACCACUACAGCCACAGCAACAACCACUACAACAGCACACAGCAUAGAACUAACCCAGCGGCGGGGGCGGUAGCAGCGGCGGUGGGCGUGGCCAACAGUGGCCAGCGAUCGCCGUCGCCGCCGCCUGUCUACGAUUUGGUGCAUGGCACAAGGUCAGGACACCACACCCUAGGACGCCUUCCAUCGCAUCACCAACAGUCGGCGACGUAUUUGCCAGGACCCAACAAUGGAAAGUACGCGACGCUCAGCAAGCAGUGUAAGACGCUCGAGUCCAACGACUUCUACUGAGAUUCGCUUGCCUGCAGUUCCCAUGCAGGCAGUAGCAGCAACACAGCACAGCAGCAGCAGAACUUGCAGCUCCAGCAGCAGCAGCAGCAGAGCAGCCUCAUCAAUCAGAACCAAAGCCAGAGCACGCUGAAGAACAUCUUUGCGUCGGCCACCUUGCCCCGCUCGACGGGCAGCUCCAUCCGGUCGGUGCUCUCCGUUCAAACCUCCAAUGCGGCAAUUUGCCGCUCCACGGGCAACGGAUUGGACGGCGACAUGGUGGACGAUCGCGAUCCAAGGGAUGUAACCAACAACAGCUUCAAUCGUUUCGAUCCCAAGUACAUCAGCAUUGGUCCCAAGGCGGUCAGGGGUCAGAAUAACAAUCUUAAUAUUAUGUCCGUCGCCGGCAGUGCCAAUAAGUGUGCCACUUUGCGACAUGUGGGUCGCUAUGGUGGCUCGCUCAAGGGUGUGUCCGCCGUCAAUACCACGCCCUCGCCCGCCGCCGCCCCAGCUGUGCAUUCGCCGAACUUGAGGAGCGCCAAGACGCCGUCGAUAGCCACCGUUUCGAAGGAUUAUUGUCAGCAGCCGGACUGCAUUCCUCAGGAGUUCCUUCUCCAGCAGCAACAACAGCUGCAGCAGCAGCAACAGCAGCAGCAGCAACAGCAACUGCAGCAGCAGCUACAGCAGCAACAGCUGCAACUCCAACAACAGCAGCAGCAACAGCAGCAGCAGCAGAUGGUGCCCCCUGCUCCGCCGCAACCGGCGCCUCCGCCUCCACCCAAACCAAAGAUAGUCAAUACGUUUACGGAAAUUCCCGGCACCACGGGCGUGGGCAGCUCGUAUGCCAAGGAGCAGCAGCAACAGCAGCAACUGUUGGCCCUGCAGCAGCAGCAGCAACAGCAGCUGCUCGUCCUCCAGCAGCAGCGGGAGCGGGAGCUGCAGCAACAGCAGCAGCAGCAACAGCAGCAAAGAGAGUUGCAUCCACCGACCACCCACAUACUACCCCCCUCGGCUGUCUACAGCAUCGAGAGCAGUGAGGUGUUGCCCACAGCCGCACCGCGUGCGCAACAGCGCUCGCUGAAUCCCGCCUCCAUUGUGAACCAACCGCUGCCCGAGAUUCCCACCAAUCAGCAACAGUCAAAGAUCUCCGCUCAGCCGCUUUGCGCCGCCAGUUUGGGGCAGUACCGCUCGCUGCAGCGUCCUCAAACCCAGAAAUUGCAGCCGGCUGCCGUCUCCUCGCCGCAGCAACCACCAACGCUGCCGCCCAAAAACCGGCACAAAAAUAGCAACCGAGGUGUAGCCAUCGACAGCAGCAAUGCCAAUCAUAUGCAGACCUUGCCGCCGAAGUCAGCCAGCCUAAGACAACAGCAGCAGCAGCAAGAGCGCGAAAGGGAGCGAGAACGCGAGCGGGAGCGGGAACGGGAACGUCCGAGGAGGGCGGAAACCUUGGACAAUGCUCGCAGCUACAUAGACCAACAGCAACAGUAUCCCGGCCACCUGAUAACCAGCAGCAACAUGAAAAAGCAACACUCCUAUGACAGCAGCUACCAUCAGCAACAGCAGCAGCAGCAGCAACAACAGGCCUUUUAUCAGAGGCAGCACAACAACAACUUCUCAUCAAAGCAGCAGCAACAGUUAAUGCUGGAGCAACAGCAGCAGCAGCAGCAACAGCAGCAACAGCAGCAGGCGUUGUUUUACAGAUCCCUGAAACGGGGAGAACGCGUAGCUACUGGCGGCGGAGGAGUUACUGGAGUUACUGGAGGAGCAGCCAUUAGCAACCAGAGCGAUCUGUACUCGGUAACGGAGUUGUAGGAGUGCGCCUGCUGCGGCGGCGGUGUGGAUGUGGUGCGCCGAGGCGCCUCAUCCACAUCGCUGCACGCGGCGGCGGCUACCCAAACUCAGACACACACCCAAAACCAGACGCAAUCGCAGAACCAGGCGCCUGUUCCCCUGCCACCCAAGAAGCAUCGCCAGCGGGAGAGGGAGCGAAACUUGGAGCGGGAACAGCCGGCUCCCUGCAAUGCCAAUCUGUGCGAGGAGCAUGAGUACGAUGAGUUCUACCCCCAGGCGUAUGAAAUGCAUGCGGUUGUUGGAGGAACUAGCGGUCCCACGGGUGGCGGGGCAGCUACUGGCUCUGCUUCCAAGCACGGCAAGCAAGGUCAGCAAAGAGCAGCCACUUUCGAUGUGGCCGAUGCCAGGGACUACGAAUUGAAGCGUCUGGGCAACCGGAGAUCGCAGCAGCAGGCGGCUCCUAGCAAAAGAAACGGAGGAGCAGGCGCACCAGCUGUCAGCCAGGAUCACCAUCGCAGCCACGAUCGCGAGCGGUCGCGCAGCGAUCACCGCAUUGCCAGCUAUGCCUGCGAAGAGGUCAACUCCUCAGCGCUCUGCAGCGCCGGCUCCAUGAGCUCCAUGCUGCAGCCGGCCAAUGGUACUGGUCACAGGAGCAGCAGUCACCAGCACCAGCGGGAUCACCAUUCGCGGGAUCAGCAGCAGCAGCAACAGCAGCAGCAGCAACAACAGCGGGAGCGACGCGAGAAGACCUUUAAGGUAUGAUUUUUAGAGACGUCAUAAGAAUUGUCCAAUCCGCGCCAGGACACCAGAAACGGCAGCUCCAGGCGGCGGACGCGUUGAGGGGUAAAUGGAAAGCUAACGUGGCGGAUUCUACAGCGAUUACGAGAACGUGAACCCCCAGUCAUCGAGAAAAGUUGCGCAAAAGGAGCGCGGCACCAUUGUUGCACCACCAUUGGCACCCGAAGAUCCCAGCCUGUUUUUAUGUUUAGCCUAAGUCGCGUCCUUACUCUAUGUCUAUCUCUUUCCAUGUCCACCAGCGUCCUCUCCCUUUCACUUGCGUGCGAAAACGACUCACUCACACACACAUGUAUAUAUAUAAAUAUAUAAAUAUAUAUAUAUAUAUACACCCAGAUUGUAUUGUAAAAAACCGACCUCUUCUGAUUGAUUCAAGUUGUGAAAGCUGCUUGAAAGAGGCUGCUGCAGUGUCAAAGGCAGCGGUCGAAACAAAAGCGCAUUAUAGUCACUUCACUUAUUAUUUGUGAAUUUUAAAUUGUUUUAUAGUGCAACAUUUGGACAAGCAAUAUUUACACGCCCAUUGCCAAUGAUAAUUGCUUAGAAUUCAGAGCCUUGCAGCUCUUUAGCUCUGUGACGCUAUUGCCUUGACCGCUGCUGUGCUUACAGCCAUGUACAUCCAACCUACAAAAGUUCUCUGCCCUGUGUUGUUGCCUAUUGUUAUAUAAAUAGUAGAAAACUACGAUUAACCGUAACGAAUACUUUUUUGUGACCACUAUUCAUACGUGUAUAUUUUAAAAGCCUAAGUUAAGUGGAAUUUAGUUUUAAGCGCAAAACUAUUUAUUUACGACAGUUUGUAAGCCUCGACCCCAAAAAAAUGCCCAAAACGGUGGCAAAGCGAAGACACAGUCGGCGACAGAUAACUAGGUGCUCCCGAAACGAGUUUUAAAACGAGUUUUCAUUCGAAUAUACCCGAGAGUCUAAGUCCGUCUCUGUCUCGCUUUUUCGCUGUUUGAGGAACUUUUAGUUUUUAAAUGGAGUGUGUGUUAUUUUUAAUUUAUUAUAACCUU